AUGAGUGAUUACAGCGAUAGCAAAAACACCCAAGAAAUUAUGCUUGUAGCUCAACCCAAGAAAAUGAGGUGGUUGAAAGCAGACAGAAAUUAUAACAGCUCGUCUGUUUCAUCUGCGUGUGGUGCUGAUUCAACAUCUGAGUGUAGCUGUAAACCACUGCUGUUGCCAACUGUUUUUUCACAUCCCUUAUCUGUACAAUCACUUGAUUCCGUUGGUUCUUCAGAAAGCUGCGAGUCAGAGCUCUCUCACAACAGCCUGUCUUUCCCUGAUCCUUCAAGCCCAGAGUACAGUUCAGAAAGUGAGCUUUGUUGUACUAAUGAAAAAGAACGUGUUCCCAUUCAAGUCACCAGCUCUCAACCAUUUCUGAAUGACCUUGAGAUUUGUUUAACAAACAACCUAAACCAGUAUAGUGCCUAUUCACAAUUAUCACCAAGUUGGGGGAACCAGUCUCCCCAGGCACAUCCAUUUACAGACUGCCAUAGAAAUUUGAAUAGGUCGAUGACUACAGUCUCCGAUUCAACAUCAACAACUCCAACAACAACUCCUACGAAACCCAUGCCAAGAUUGCUGAAGAAGGUGUCCAUUAAAAAACCAACUGAACAUAGGAAGUCACCAAAAGCAGCAACUGGUUGUGAAGAAAAAGAAAGAGAAUAUUUUGGUAUCAGGAAUUCAUCAAGGCCAUGUAGUGACCUAGAUUCAGCCAACAAAGUGGUGUCGAGUCAUUCUAUAAAUGACGUACAUAUUAAGGAUAUUAAUUCGGCCGCACACACAGUAACCAAGGAAACCAAACGUAAAAUUCAAACAGAUCUCGGUCAACUAUCAUUUAAUUUCACAAAAAUGAAAGAACAGCAGAUGCCACAUGAUUGGAAUCAUGGAUAUUGUAACAGUUACAAGACCGGUGUUUCGGAUGAUUCUUUUUACCGCAAUAUUUUCACGAAGGUUGACAAGUACACAACAGUGGAUCCGGAUACUGGCGAGCCUGAUGUUAAUAUCGCUGAUAAAACUGUAAGUGAUGUAAUCAACGUUAAGAUGGAGAUAUCUGACAAAGAAGAGGUAUCUGAUCGAAAGAAAUUUGAGUCAAAUCGUGAUGUCGAAUUAUAUCGCAGUGUUGAACCGACAAUCUGUACUUCCCUGGAAAAAACACAAAAUAAUCGCUGCUCUCCGAGUAGUAAUGAGAAUGAUGCGUACGAGUUCAGUGAAACUAUAUCUAAUGGUCAAGACACAGACACACAAAGUACACUGAUUACUGUAAUUAAAAAUAUCAAAAAAGAGCCAGAAGACACAUACGAGUGCCAGAAUGUCAGUGAUAAAAUUCCACUGAUGUUGGAUGAAGCUGAGAGAGGCCAAAUUUUGAAAGGCCCAUGUCCAGUGUGUGGGGAUAAAAUAUCUGGGUAUCAUUACGGAAUAUUUUCUUGUGAAAGUUGUAAAGGAUUCUUCAAGAGAACUGUUCAGAAUAAACGUCAUGAACGUCUGCGCUGUGCAUUGAAUAAUAAGUGUGAGAUCAGUUUAGCGAAUCGCAAACGAUGUGCAUCGUGUCGAUUCCAGAAGUGUCUUCAUCAGGGCAUGAAACUUGAAGCAAUACGAACUGAUCGGCAACGUGGUGGACGAAGUCUGUACGAGGGAUCUUCUGAAUUUAAACGGAAACUUUUACUGGCGAAGCAAGAUAAAGCGAAACCUAAACCCAAGAAAAAACGAGUAUCAUCUCAUAAGUUUAUGAACAAGAAGUCUUUGGAGGUAUCCAUAGCUGAUAGUCUAGCUAGUUCCAGUUCAAACAGUUGUAGCGAUAUCAGUUCACCGGCGCCUACCACAAAGCCACAAAUAUCACCUUUUUUCACUGAACUUCUCGAGAAGCAACGUUUUCUAUUUCAGACGUCUGACUGUAGUAUAUGUAAAGAAACUAACAUUGAGAACUUGAAAGAUAUGACUAUUUUUUUACAUUUUGCCGAUCACCAGCUGUUCAGCCUGGUCUCAUGGGCACGAACAUUGCCCUACUUCAAAGAAAUUAAGACAGCAGAUCAAAUCAAAUUACUUCAAAGUGCAUGGUGCCAAGCUUUUAUCACUACCUUAGCCUACUUGUCUAUCCCACACAACGACCAUAUAAUGUUUAUCACCGGCAAACUAGUGGACAAAGACGAGGCCAAUCGGUAUCAUGUCUUGGAAGUGUUCCAACGAUUAUUGGAUUUCACACAACAUCUCAAGCGACUGGAAAUCGACAAGUACGAAAUAGAAGCAUUUAAGCUGAUGUUACUGCUCCGAUCAGACUGUCAAAAUUUAUCACGACCAGAUCAAGUGACAGAAUUACAGGAGAAGGUGGAAGAUGAACUAUUAACAUACAUUACAGAGCAGUAUCCAGAGAGACCUAAUAAGUUUGCUGAGCUCAUUGUGAGGAUAUCGGAGAUUGAACGCAUUUGUUACAUCGUCAAGGAACUUGUGAUGUUCAAACAGCUGUCUAGCGGUGUUUCAGACGACUCUCUUUUAAAUGAACUUAUGGAAGAGUCAUCUAAAAUUGAUCGUGUUGUCCCAAAAACGAUUUCAUUGCCGUUGCCAUAGCACUAUUUCUAUAGUCUGUAACCUGCUGGGUACAUAUCUAUUUGCCGGAUACACAAAGUCG